AUGGCACCGAAAGCUUUGACGGACUGCCCCGAGAACCUUCGAGAGGCGAUAGACUGGCUCCUCCAGGUGAAGAGUGGUGACGGGAUUUCGACGCUGUCCGACGCUCUCGGCAAGUUGUUCGACAAUGCUGUGCAGGACGCUGAAAACUCUCUGUCGUCUCUCCCCGAAUCAGAUGAGCCGUCCGCCAGAGAUGUUAUCUCCAGGCUUCAAGGGUUUCGGAGCACUCUUCCGAAAGACUCUGCGAAUCUUAAUCAAAACAUUUUACAUCGUCUCUGUUCCUCCGUUGCAAACUUUGUAGGCUAUAAGCCUCCUGGAACCUACGACGGUUCCGGGAUUGUAUACGGUGACGCCUCCCGUCUAUGCGAUGCAGUUGUGUCCUUCUUGCAUAGAGUGAUCAGAGAUGUCCGUGAUAAUCAGCCGUACGUUGUUGGUGGAGCUUUGUUGAGUGGCCUAGUUGGUGACCUUGAAAAGGCCAGGUGGAGUGGGCACCAUGGCUUCAAGGCUGUAGUCUCCAGUGUGGCCAGUGGCCUGGGGAUAUAUAAUGAAAAUGUCAAGGCCUCGAAUGAUAGAGUGAAGAGGCCUAUCAGUGACAUUAUUGAUUAUGUUAAAGAUGAGGGCGGUGAGUUGCCUCCUAAGAUAAGUAAGCUAAAUGAAACUAAUCCUUCAGACACCGACGUUAACGAAGCUGAGGCCUUGACAAAGGCGUGCGUUGAAAAAGGUAAGGACUUUGGCAAAGCCUUCGCCUCUAAAACACAUAAGCAUUACAUGAAAGAUGCGUUUGAUGAUUUGAAUGCGUCGUUGCGUGACAAAAUUCAUAAUGCUAGAUUAAGCGUUGCACGUGAGGCUGCGAUGCUGAACAGGUGGUCCAAGAAGCAACUUGAAAACUACAAGGCUAUGGUCAAGUUGAUCAAGCAGGCCUUUCGGAAGCUCAGAGAAAACAUUAAUUCACGGAUUAAGAAGGAAGUUACCGACCUGGUUGAAUCACUGAAGGGCUUGGUGAAGAACAUUUUGGCUAAGCUUGAAAAUAUUAGUAAGACGCUGGGGAAAAUCAUUUCUGAUCUGGACAAUUGGAUGACGGAGGCUGAGGAGAUUCUAGACGCAGCCUUGAAACUGGUUCAGAACACUUACGAUGAACUUGAUGACACAGAUAAAACUAAGGACAAACUUGACAAGGCGAUUGAAAGAGUUGAAGAGAAGCUGGAGCAAAGAGUCCAGGAGUUGAAUACUUGGAAGAGUGCAGUAGACAGUGUGAUUCGGAAUGCUAUUAAGAAUUCUGAGAGUGUUCACACAGCUUUGGAUAAGGAGAGAGAUAAUUCAACGUUUGGUAAAAACAUUGGACACAUUGAAGAUGCUAAUAAAGAAAUUUCACAGGCUAAUAAUGAUCUUGGACAACGUGUUAGUGAGUUGGGACAGUGGAAAGAAGCGGCGGACACAAUUCUUGAAAGCGUGAUUUCAGAGUCUAACAAAGUGCGUGGUAAGUUGGAACAUAAAGAUAGUUCAUCGACGACGAUUGCCCAAGGAGUUCAGAAAAUCAACGCAGCUAAAGAAAAAGUUACGCAAGUUGACACAAAGCUUGUUGAAGUUGGAAGGGAUUUGCAGACUUGGAAUUCCGCGGCACGAAGUGUGCUUGGCACUGCGGUUGGGAAGGCAAGAGACGUGCAUGGGAGGUUGGACCAUACUAAAACAGAUAACGGCCAUAUUCUCGGUAAGAAAAUUAGUGAGAUUGAUGAAGCUAAAAAGGGAAUUGAAGAGGCAAAUAAAGUUCUCGAACAACAAGUUGGCAACUUGAACACUUGGAUCUCCACCGCUGAAGGGAUCCGUGCUGCGGCGGAGCAAAAGGCAAAGGAGGCCUAUGAGAAGUUGGAGCCUCAUAAGGCUCUGAGUGAGAAAAUCGGAGAAGUUGUGCAAGCUAAUGAGAAGAUUAAAAGAGUGCAUACGCAGCUGAGUGGUGUUGAAAAAAGUUUGGGAGAGUGGAAGCAGGAGGCCACGAAUGUGCUUGCCGGGGCUAUUGAAAAUGCCAACUAUGUGUAUGAUAAGUUGGAUCCUAAUGAGAAAGAUGUGUCGAAAGGCUUUAUUAUUGGUCAUAAUAUUGAACAUGUUAGUUCAAAUAAUAAGCAUAUUAUGAGCGCGAAUCAAGCGCUUGCCGGCGAAGUUGAUAAUAUAGGUAAGUGGCGAGAUACCGCCAAGGAUGUUAUUACCAAGGCGGAGGGGAAGUGUGGUAAAAUUUUGGAGAAAGUUAAAACAGAUCCUCAAGGUAAGGAAAGUGAAAUUUAUAAGGAAGCUCAGUUGUUGAAGAAAAAAGCCGAGAACCUUUUGAAUGCAUACAGCCAGGCGCAUCGGAAUUUUAAGAAUUUGAAGAAAGCAGUGCCUGCCGCCAUUGAACAGUUGGAGGGUGAGAUGAAAAACGAUUUGGUGAGGCUGCAAAAGGAGAUUGUUGGUAAGAUGAUAGAACAUGUUGGCAGUAUUCUUAAUGAUAUUAAGGGGAGAGUGGAGCAGAUUAAGGGUAACGGAAGCAGUGGCACAGGCCUGGAAGGGAUUAAGCAGGGAGUGCAGAAUUAUUACAAUUUUUUCCAAGGUACUUUCGACAAAGCAGUCGGCGGAUGGAUCGAUGAUAUUCUUGGUCACAACGGCCUGAUUAAAAAGCUGCUUGAGUGGCAGGGUAAGGGGGACGAGGAACUUAAGAAGGACCUGGAGAACAGUGGUCUCGGAGGCUUUAUUAAGGAACCGCUCACAGUACAAGUCACUAAUGCUGUUCACGUGUUCACCAGUGGACAAUCUUUUGCCGACAGCAUUGAAAAGAAAAUUGAAAAGGUAAAAGAUGCCUGCGAACUGUUUGCCCUGAGGCUUGAGCAGGAACUAGAGAAGGAUGUGAACAGCGGUGUCCUUGCGUUGGCCUUGAAGGCUAAGGAGGCGAUGGUGAAUGAAGUUCACGAACCGAGCAAAAAAAGUCACUUACAAAGUAUCAUAGCAAACGCAAACUGCGAAUGUGAUUGCAGAUAUUACUGCAAAAAAGGAAAUCCAGAUAGGUGCCAAAAAUGCGAGCAACCAAAAUGCAACCUCACGCAGGCCGUCGCCACUACGCUCGUAACAGUGUCAUCGGUGGCCCGGCAGGUGGGCAAGGAGCUUCAUUCAGUGCUGCUCGGCAACGGCACAGGGAUGGGCGAUAAAAGCAUCGCAGGGGAAUUGGACAGCGUCGCACGCCUGACUAGGACGCUGGACAAGAAUCUGGAGGAUGCGGAAAAAGAGGCGAAAAAUGGUCCACAACCUUCCACCCCUAGCAACCAAGGCAAUAAUAUUUUGCAGAAAGUUACGGAGAUUGAGGGGAAGGUUAAAGAGGGGAUGAAGGAUGACGUUACCAGUGGUAUCACCGUUGCAAAGACGAUGUCGCUUUAUGAGAAAACGAAAACAACAUCUGGCAGCGCGUAUAAAACUCUGAUAGACACGACUAUCCCCAAUGCCAUGCAACCAUUCAAGCAGAUGGCUGAAUUCAAAAAUCAACCAGACCAGCAAAAACAACUUGAAAUAGGUGAAGUAAAAGAUGCUAAAGGAUUAAUCAACUACCAUUUUACUGAAAUCAAGGACGAGCUCGAACAGAUCGCCCACAUUGUUAAUAGUAAUAUACAGACGUCGCAUCCAACGUCCGGUGCAAAAGAUGGCGUCAAGAACUAUCUGGGGGAUUUGGAGCAGAUGGUUAAACAUGCUGCGCAAGAGGAUUAUCAACUUGAUUCCGCUGUAGAUCCACAGCACAAAAAUGUCCAAGGUCUCGCCGCAAUUCAGGACAGGAUCAACAAGCUGCAUACCGGUGAGUUCAGGAAAACUGCAGAAAUCACCACAGCCGUCCAAGGCCUACAGAAUGAGAUUAAGACCCUUAGAGGGAAGUUGAAGAAAGAGCAAGAUGUUGGCGCAGAAAAUGGCGUCGUUGACGUGUUGAAAGAGAUGCGCGGCAAGGGGCUUAGCAGUGAUAAAGAUUGGCAAGGUAAGGAUAAGAAAGUCUCUGGCCUCGGGAAAAUCGAGGAGAGCCUUAAAGGGGAAAAUGGGAGGUUGGACAAGGAGACGAAGAGCAUCGAUACGGCAAUAAAAAAACUUAGGUGGCAACUUACAGUUCUAGGAUUCAAGUUGGAUAAUGGGCUUGUUGAUGAUGACCUCAUGGACCAGUUGAAAAAGUUAAAGAAUGAGAUUGAUAAAGGAGGAAAAGGAGGCCUGCAAGCAAUUUAUAAUGCGAUCAGUGGCCUGCAAAAAGGACAAUUUGCUGAUAACCCAAACAAAAUCGGCGCCGCCAUGAGCCCUAUUAAAACAGAACUUACUGCCCUUCAAAAGGCGUUGAAAGGUGCGAACGGAAAUAAAGAUGAUGUCAUUACAAGAUUGACAGAGUUGCAGACUGAUGGUCUCGGUGAAAAAGAAGAUUGGCAAUCGGAUAACAAUGGAACCAAAAAAGGCCUUGGACUAAUUGAAAAAGAUCUUAACACUCAACAAAAAACGUUGAACACACAGCCCGGUGAUAUUGACAGCGGCGUAGACCAAAUUACCGGUGAGCUUGAUAGGCUCCAGAGUGAUUUACAGGACAAAGUUACCAAAAAGUUGACGAUGUUGAAAAACAAGGGGCUUACAAAUAGUGAGCAAGAGUGGGAAGUUGAUGAUAAAAAGCAUAAUGGUCUCGCUAAAAUCACGAAUGAUAUCAAGGAGCUGAAAGAAAAUGAGUUCACUAGCAAGCCGAUAGAAAUCACUCAACACAUAGGCCAAAUCAAAAAUGAACUCGACGAACAAAGAAACAAGUUGGAGCGUGAAGUUACCGCCAGGCUGCGGGACUUGCAAAGCAAAGGCCUAGCCGAUGGUGAGUGGAACCUUGGCAGUCAAAAAAUCAGUGGCCUCGAAAAAAUCACGAAUGGGAUCAGCGAUAUAAAAGCAGAGAAUGUUGAAGACGUUAAGCACAAACUUAGCAUCCUGCGUGGCGUCAUUAAAUACAUAGCCAGGGAUAUCAGAGACAGCCUGACGCAACUGAAAGACAAUAUGAUCGGCAAUAGGCUCAGAAAAAUAAGAGAUGAUCUUCAGCAACUGCACAUUUCGCUGGUGAAAGGCGCCAUAAAGGACUGCGAGGGCUUCAUUAAUGCGGACGCCGACGUGUUCAAGCAGCGAUGCAUUGAUGAGCUCACGCAUUACGUCAACCAGGAACUAAACGCCGAGAAAAACAAACUGCUAGCCGAAGCGCGCCGGCAAUACGUGUCCACCGUCAAGGAGAUGCUGUCAGCUUUCGCCGCCAAGGUGGAGAGCGAGCUGGAGGAGUUGCCUGGAAACAUUGACAGGGACUUGACGAUAGGCUUCAAGGGGUUCACGAGGCAGAUGGAAGAUGGGACAACUGAUGAUGUAAGCACUGAGAAAGGGAAUAACAUCAAUAAACUUGUAAACGUCAAGUAUCCAAAAGAUGUCUCAGCACUGUCGUCGGCUUUCAUGAAAUUCUUCGGGCCACUGAAGGAUUACGUGAAGAAUGAGACUAAGAGGGUGCAUGAUGAAGAAAGCAAAAAGGAAAAUCCUUCACUCUCGCCGCCGGCGGAGCCCUACGCCCUGAAGCUCUACGAAGUCAACGCCGCGAUCAACACUGUGCUCAUACAUAUACAGGACAUACAAGGCUUCGACCACAGACUCCCCCAAUUGCUCGCCGCGCUGACCAAGGCGCUAAGUGAAAUGAAGCCCGAAGCCUUCGGUAAGAUCACAACUCCGUUGCUGGACACUGUCGGCCGUGGCCUCCGUGACUUCGCCGCAGAGUUCGGCGAUGCCUACGUCUCCGCGUACUCGGGCGCGGAGUGCCGGGAGGCUGACGCCGACAAGUACGCCAAGGUGUUGCUGAGCUUCACCCCGAUGGUGCACGAGGCGCUCAACCACAUGGUAGACAAAUGCGGCACCAACUGGCGAGGUAACAAAAUAUGCAAGCUGACCGGCGACGGAAGGGACAACGGCCUGGGCAACUACCUCACCAGAUGCGGCUACAAGGUGUCAACGACCGACGGACUCCAGGAGGGAGAGUUGCAAAAUCAUUUUUCGGGCGGCGCAGUGUAUGAGUUGCUUAAAUCCCCAGUUGCCGACGUGAGUGUCAAAAUGCUGAUUGGCGGCGAGCCUCCAGAAAAUGGAAUUAAUGUCGUUGACAUCGUUGGUCUUUUUCAUAACAUGCUUUGUCGGUACCUCCAGGCGUGCCACCUUAAGGUGCACGCAUCGCCCAGGUACCCCUGCACGGUGAGGGAUAUGCUGUCAUGGCUCUCAGGCCUGCAGUACACUCCGGUGGUGGACAAACUGACCGACCACUGCAGAGCGUUGCUCAACCGCAAAUGCGACAAUAACGAUGUCCCCAACAGGGACGACGCUGUCAUGGCACAGUGUAUUAAUAAUCUGCCUUAUGAUAUCGCAAACUCAUGUUCACACGCCAACUCACUGCUCAUCGCAAUCCAGGGCCACGGCCGCGGCUUCGACCUGGCCGCCUACCCCUACUCCGUCGACUUAGCCAACAACCGCGCACAAUUGUACUACCCGGCUGACCCCGAAGAGCUGCUUGAUAUGAUGACUCAGAUAGUAUGCCGCCUGUGCCGUGUGCUUUACUUCCUGUACGCCCAGUGCUGCCGUGACGCCGCCAAAACCAAGGGCUGGCGACAGUGCCACUACGGCCGGCAGGUGCCGUCCUCCCACUGGCAGUGUAACCCAUUAAACAAGCAGGCCACCGAAGCAUGUCAUAACUGCCCGCCCACAUCGCCGCUGCAGUCGUUCCUCUCAGACAGCUGUCCCAACCUCCUGCCGCAUAAGCUUACUGUUGUUGACAAUGCCAUCGAAUGCGCCAACUGCCCUGGCAACCUGCCGGGCCAGCAGUGCCUCACCCCGCUCGGCUUCUGGGACCUUAGUCUCGCUGCCUCCAUGAGACGCACCGGCAAGGAACUUUCCAAGUCCCUCGGCCGCCUCUGCAGUGACGCCGACGCCUGCCUCUUCCAACUCUGCCGAACGCUGCGCUUGCUGUGCCCCUCAGCACCGCAGUCACUCGGCGACAUGUUGGUGUUGUUCACUCAACUACUGAAAAUGUGGGAUCACGAAUCAUAUCGAGGCGCGUACUCUCCGCAUGAGUCAUACAUAUCGCACCUGAACGGUGACGCUAUCAACGGCCUCUUCCCGCUGUGGACGGAGCUCCACGGCAGUUACCUGAACAGCAAUCUCACCGACGCCCUCAAGGCACUCGCCGACCAUGACCAUGAGAAGUCAGAGCACAAUGCCCUCUCCAGUCUCUCCGCCGAGCCGCCUUGUCAAGCGCCUGCCAUAUGCGCCCCAUUCCUCCAGCCGCUGGCGCUGCACGCCAACCACACCUUCCCGCAGAAACACGCACAGCUAUAUAUCUCGUGGGUAGUGUGGCUGGCAUGGCAGUUAUGGGAUCUGCUGGAGUCCCUCCUUGAUGCACUGAACAACAUCGACUGCACGGCCCACGGCUGCGCCACGUGCCUCUGUCAGCCAGGCAACCACGGCGACAAGGACGCCUGCCACUGCCCGUCCAUAGUCGAAUGCGGUGGACCCUUGCCGACGCUCUACCGCUACGGAUUCACAUAUCGCAAUGCACACGUUGACCUCAACGCACAACUCACCAAGGCACUCCACUCCGACCGCUUCGCCAAACUCUUCCACCAAAUCGACCAACUCCUCUGGCACAUCCGUGCCCCCUUCCUCUUCACCACCAUCGCACUCUGGCUCACCGCCACGCUCUACAUCCUCCACUCACUCCUAUACCGCAUGGACGUCCUACACAUCCGCUCGCACCUCCUCACCACCAGGGCCUCACACCUCAUCGACGUCAAGGCUUUACUCGCCGGCAGCCGCAGGAUGCUCUCACUCUACAACGACGUCGACUACUUCGACGACGAACCCGUUGACAUGUCACAGUAA